GAUACACUUUUUUAUUUUUUGGAAACUGACGAGGUUGAAAACGGGAAUUUGGAGAAAGUGAACAGUUUAUGAGGAAGACGACUGAAUGAGCCGGGCAAAGGGCACAGUUUAUAGAAAGGCACGGAAGAGGCAGGUUCCAAGUCCCAAGGCUGGGUGGGUCAGCCUGGUGGCUCCUCCCCUCCCCCCUCAGAUAUAUAUACAAACACACAGACACAUGGAAACCACAGCGAACCCGCCCCCUCCGCCGCACGUGCCGGCCCGGCUCCGCCCCUCGCCUGCGCCUGCGCCCUUCCUGCCUCUUUGCACACUGCCCCUCCCCCCACUCGGCGAGCCAACCGGGUUCUCAGGUCCCUAAUUAAUCACAAUAACUAAUAAAAGCUAUUGGCUUGCUUCUGUGGGGGAGUCGCUUCUGAGCUGUCCCCUCCCUUCCCAGGACAGUAGGCGAGUGGUCGACUGGCAGCGCCUCUGCCACCAAUAGAGUUUUGUAGGCUCGGCCAACCCCCCCCCCUCCGUUCCCUGCACGGGGUGCGCGGGUUUCUUUAGGAAAAAGUCGGGAUUUCUUUUGCCUUCCCCGGAGUAGUUUCCCCCUCCGACAGCGAGUCUUUGGUUUGGCCAGCUCGGAAGGGAUUGGAGGAGGUUUGAUGUCGCGGUCUUGGAUUGGAGGAGAUUUCCUCAUGACGUAUUCCUCCGCUCUCUACGCCCGGUCAUAGGCUGGUUUUCAGCCAGUCCCCGGGGGAGGGGUUAGAGGCCGUUUCUCACUGGAUUCGGGCUACUUCGGAGCCUUCCCCCUCUCCCUUCCCUCACGCCCUUUGGCCCUCCGGCGUGGGGGUGUCCGGUUGUUUCUUCCCGUUCCCCUCCUGUCUGGUCCCUGGUGGUACGGCCCACGCUUUAACCGCGGCUGCGCGCGACCGUCCCCGCGCUUAGCGCUCCUGGAGUCCCUGGCAGCGGUGCUCUCUUAUUUCUCAGUCCCCCCUGCCUUUUGCUCGGACGCCCUUCUUGGUACGAUCCGCGGCCAGGCGGUCCUUCACCGCCCACCCCCUCAGGCCGGCGGCGCUUGGUGCGUCCCGGAGAGAACCAGGUCAUCGGUCGGUUCCCGUGAAAACAAAAACAAUCGGCGGCGGCCGAGGAGCAGCAGAAGCAGCAGCAGCGGGCGAGGGGCUAGCCUGGGCCGGGGCGUCAUGGGGCCGGGGGACGCGGGCAGUCCGGGUCCUCGUCAGCGCCUCUGCCGCCGCUGAGCCACCCCCGCCGCCUCCUCCGCCGCCGCCGCGCGGGAGAAGACGAGGACCCGGAGCGGGCCCGGGUGGACGGGGACUCGGCCUCGGGACGGCCCGGCAUGGAUCAGUGCGUGACGGUGGAGCGGGAGCUGGAGAAGGUGCUGCAUAAGUUCUCGGGCUACGGGCAGCUGUGCGAGCGCGGCCUGGAGGAGCUCAUCGACUACACGGGCGGCCUCAAGCACGAGAUCCUGCAGAGCCACGGCCAAGAUGCCGAAUUAUCAGGGACAUUGUCACUUGUUUUGACACAGUGCUGUAAAAGAAUAAAGGACACAGUCCAAAAACUGGCUUCUGAUCACAAAGACAUCCACAGCAGUGUUUCCCGGGUUGGAAAAGCCAUUGAUAAGAAUUUCGAUUCUGACAUCAGCAGCGUGGGAAUCGAUGGCUGUUGGCAGGCAGACAGCCAGCGGAUCCUCAACGAGGUGAUGGUGGAGCACUUCUUCCGACAAGGAAUGCUGGAUGUAGCUGAGGAGCUCUGUCAGGAAUCUGGCCUGUCCAUAGAUCCAAGUCAAAAAGAACCAUUUGUGGAGUUAAAUCGAAUAUUGGAAGCAUUAAAAGUCCGAGUUCUGAGACCUGCCUUAGAAUGGGCCGUGUCCAAUCGGGAGAUGCUCAUGGCCCAGAACAGCUCCCUGGAGUUCAAGCUGCACCGACUCUACUUCAUUAGCUUGUUGAUGGGCGGGACGGCGAACCAGCGCGAGGCCCUGCAGUACGCCAAGAAUUUCCAGCCCUUCGCCCUGAACCACCAGAAAGACAUCCAGGUGCUGAUGGGGAGCCUGGUGUACCUGCGGCAGGGCAUCGAGAACUCGCCCUACGUGCACCUGCUCGAUGCCAACCAGUGGGCCGACAUCUGCGACAUCUUCACCCGGGACGCCUGUGCCCUGCUCGGGCUGUCGGUGGAGUCGCCGCUCAGCGUCAGCUUCUCGGCGGGCUGCGUGGCCCUGCCGGCUCUCAUCAACAUCAAGGCGGUGAUCGAGCAGAGGCAGUGCACGGGCGUGUGGAACCAGAAGGACGAGCUGCCCAUUGAAGUGGACCUCGGGAAAAAGUGCUGGUACCACUCUAUAUUUGCCUGUCCCAUUCUUCGCCAGCAGACGACGGACAACAAUCCGCCCAUGAAGCUGGUCUGCGGCCACAUCAUCUCCAGAGAUGCGCUCAACAAGAUGUUCAACGGCAGCAAAUUGAAGUGUCCCUACUGCCCGAUGGAGCAGAGCCCGGGAGACGCCAAGCAGAUCUUUUUCUGAAGAGGAGACUCGCAGCAGUCUGUCUGUAAGGGAGCCCCGGGAGCGCUGCAGGGGCGCUUCCGAAGACCCGACCGCACUCGUUGUAUGGACGCCGCACACCGUGGACUGCUGGGCCGCUCGAAGCCGGCGCUCAGCCCUGGCUGUGUCCACGCCGCAGAGGGCGCGGGCUCCCGGCCGACCUCCCGCAGGGCUUCGUUGUACUCUUGGUCUUCGUUUCUGAUCAAGUCAAUACACCAGCACUUGUCAUUCAAUGCCGGUUUUUGUACUUCAUUCUAUGGUGAUUUUUUACUUUUUAAGAGCAGAAAUGAGGAAUCGCCCUCCCCUGUGUUGAAUACUUCUCCUGCUUUUACUCUGUCAGCCUCUUCUUGGUGAUUCUCAUCUCCGAAGAAUGUUUGUGAAAGUUUUAUUUCCUGUUCUGUGUACAUAAUUAAAAACACUUCAGAAAACGUUUGAUAAAUUGAAUAGUGCUUAUAAAAUGCAUUUGUAUUUUUUGCUUAAAGAAGAAAACAAGCUGUGAUAUAUUCAGUGUCUGCUUUCAAGUGUUUCCUUCUGCCCCUUCUCCUGGCAACUCUUGUAGACGUCAGACAUGCAUCCACGGAUGUCCGUCAUCUGUCUGUCUGCCUGUCUGUCCGUGGCCCUUCCCAGGGCCGACGGUUGGACUUCCACCUCCGGCUUUGCCGUCAUCUGCAGCCUGGCUGGGGCCUACGAGAGAUGCUUAUUUGAAGAAAACUCCAUAUGAGGGUUUAGGAAGUCAGAGCCCUGCAGGGGACGGGGCUCCCCGGAUCCUUGAACGCCUGCCUCGAGAGGUGGCUUUCCAGGGCCCCGUGGGUCGUGGCCAGCCCCGAGCCGGCCGCUUCUUCGCUGGCCCUUUGGGGGGUGCGUGUCCGGCUGUAGGCUGCAGUGCUCAACGUGCAUCGACUGAGAAGCCGGCCAGCGUCCUCGAGCCCCUCAGUCCAUCUGCUGGUCGCCGUUUGUGUUUUAGGCGUCCUUCCCUCACGCUCUUCCCGAUGCGGCCUGGCCCUUCUCUCUCGGGAGGCCCCCUUGGAUGCGCUGCUCAUCUGCCCGCGGCGUGGAAGGUGACCGUGAAAGAGCUUUGUUUGUCCGGCGUUCUCUGGGCGGAGCAAGCGCCCACGGCACCGUGGUAGCGUUUCGGAAGCUCUGUUUUCUUGGACUCGGAACUGGGCAUCGAUGCAAGAACUUCCUGAGGCGUGAAGAAGGAGGCAGACAGACAGGGCACCCUCUUCAAGCUUGACUCUCGGUGCCGUCCGAGGCACCGCGUGAACCCCCGCCGGGAACCCCUGGGCCGUGCUUGGGCCUCUUCUGCGGGGUGGCCCUUGGUGCCCACCCAUUCUCCCGCUGGCUGUGGACCUUGGAUGGCCCUCACGUUCACGUGGACGAGAUCCGACACCGGCAGAUGGCAUCUGGGCCACCGUUGGGGGCCGGCCCGGAGCAGCUCCUUGCCUUUGGGGUCUGCGGGGUCUGCUUGUUCCCUGGGCAGGUGGAGCCCCCGCCAGGCUCCUCCUCGGACUUCCCCUUGAGUUCGUGGGAACCCAAGAGUGCCUGAAGAAGGGGCUCGGACGCUCCGAGCAGACACUGGCCGUCGGCAAGACCAUAAGCCAUAGACCUGCCGCAGACUGUUCUUUGUCUCAGCGCAGGACGUUCUGGUAGACUUGUAGCUCGCAAAGCUUACGUUGAGAAGCGACUUCACUAGAGCGUCUGGAUGUGACUUUCCAUCCCCCCUCCGGCCCCCCGGGCGGGGCAGCGUGGGCGCCCCCAGGGGAGCCAGUCAGCGCGGGGGUAAAGCGCGUGUCCAUUCGCUCGAGACGACGCGCGGCCGAGCUUUUGUACCUGGUAACCAAAGAAGACGAGGGGCAGCAGGCGCGAGAUGGCUCCUCCUCAGGGUAGCGGCGGGGGCGGCCUCCUGCCCAGCGGAUGCUCAAGGUUCCCUAUGGGGCCACUGGCGGACCGCAGGAAGGCCGUGCGAGUCCUCGGACUCUGGGAGCCCCGGCUCUUCUCUUUCCGGCCCAGUUUUCGGGGCUCGGGCUGGCUUCCCCGUUUGAGCUCCUCUUCACGGGGAAAGAGGCCGCCUCUCACCUCUACUAAGGGUCCUGGUGCUGCCUGGGCCCCGGCCGCCCUGCACUAGAGGCGUCCGUGUCAGUGUGUGUAUUUCACGAGAAACCCUCCCAGAGGCAGGGAAGGAGGGGGGAGGGGCCGCGACAGAUACCAAAACUGGGCGGAAGGACCCGCCAUUCGCCGGGCGGGGGGCCUUUCUGCAGCCAAGGUCGGCUUCCAGAACACUCUCCGUCCUCUCCCCCCGCAGUGAUUCUUCUCGGGGGGCCGCCGGCUCAGCGGCGCUCCCUCCGUUCGUUCUGUCUGUGGCGCGACGAGCUGGGGACGGGCUCCCCGGGGUGAGCUGGGGGGGCGCCGCAGGGAGGGCCGGGCCGGGCGUCUCCUCAGGAUUGCGCGCGGCGACGUCCCCGCUCUUAGGCUCUCCGAAGCCUCUGUGGCAGGCGCCGCCUCCCGUCCUCGCUCCUCCGGCUCAGGAUCUCUGUGUCGCUCCUCUGCUGUAGGGCUGUCUUGUGUGUCUGUCAGGACGUCACACAGCGUUGCACUGUAAGUACCCUACGGAGCUCCAUGUACGAGAUCGGGCCCGUUUUUAAAUAUGUAUCUGCAAAGGCACAAUAAAGCUGCACCCUAGACCAUAGGCAAUAACGCUGACAAUAAACACUAUUUAACACGUGCA